AGGGGCUGGAGCAGAUUCGGCAUCGCUCAGACGCCGCGCGGGGUGGGGAUUGGUCCACGCGCUCCAGCUCCAACUUCUAGCAGUUCGGGGCCACAGCUCGCCGCACACCUGCUUGUUCAGCCAGUGUGACGGCGCGGGGAUUCCCUCCUGCGCUCCCUCCUGCCUGCCGGUCCACAGGGAGGAGAGAAGGGCUGGACCGUCCCGCCCCCAGCCCCCAACAGGACCCCACGUCGCACCACUGAGCCGGGCGAGAUGAGCGCGGACGCGGCGGCCGGGGCGCCCCUACCCCGGCUCUGCUGCCUGGAGAAGGGUCCGAACGGCUACGGCUUCCACCUGCACGGGGAGAAGGGCAAGAUGGGCCAGUUCAUCCGGCUGGUGGAGCCCGGUUCGCCAGCCGAGAAGUCGGGGCUGCUGGCCGGAGACCGGCUGGUGGAAGUGAACGGCGAGAACGUAGAGAAAGAGACCCACCAGCAGGUGGUGAGCCGCAUCCGUGCCGCGCUCAACGCAGUGCGCCUGCUGGUGGUCGACCCCGAGACGGACGAGCGACUGCAGAAGCUGGGUGUCCAGGUCCGGGAGGAGCUGCUGCGAGCCCAAGACGGGCCCGGGCAGGCCGAGCCGCCGGUCGCCACCGAAGCGCAGGGAGCUGGUAACGAAAAUGAGCCGCAGGCCGCCGCGCCAGAACCGCGCGAGGUGGAGAAGAGCUGUCCCGAGCGGCGUGAGCUUCGGCCUCGGCUCUGCACCAUGAAGAAGGGUGCCAAUGGCUACGGCUUCAACUUGCACAGUGAUAAGUCCAAGCCAGGCCAGUUCAUCCGGGCAGUGGACCCAGACUCACCUGCCGAGGCCUCGGGACUCCGGGCUCAGGACCGCAUCGUGGAGGUGAACGGGGUCUGUAUGGAGGGCAAGCAGCACGCAGAUGUGGUAUCUGCCAUCAAGGCUGGUGGGGACGAGACCAAGCUGCUGGUGGUAGACAAGGAAACCGAUGAGUUCUUCAAGAAAUGCAAAGUGACCCCGUCUCAGGAGCAUCUGAACGGUCCCCUGCCCGAGCCCUUUACCAAUGGGGAGAUCCGGAAGGAGAACAGCCGUGAAGUCCUGGCUGAGGUAGCCUCUGAGAGCCCCAGAUCAGCCCUGGCAAGAUCCACCUCCAGUGAUACCAGCGAGGAGCUGAAUUCCCAAGACAGCCCCAGGAAACAGGACUCCACAGCACCCUCGUCUACCUCUUCCUCCUCUGACCCCAUCCUGGACUUCAACAUCUCCCUGGCCGUGGCCAAAGAGAGGGCUCACCAGAAACGCAGCAACAAGCGGGCUCCGCAGAUGGACUGGAGCAAGAAAAACGAACUCUUCAGCAACUUCUGAGUGUCCUCCUGCGGGCACCAGGGAAAGCUGGUGCGACUGGGCCAGCCCCCCUGCCCCACCCGAGCCAGCUCCCUCUCCCUCCUCCCCACUCACUCCCCUCCCUAAUCUACACACAAAUCAGCACCAGCGUCCCUCCUCUAUCG